CCUGUCUCUCCCCCCACACUUUCCCGCCUGAAGCCCUCUCUCCUCCCGAGAAGCGAGAGCCCUCGCCGUCCUCUAAAAUAUACUAGGGCCAGUCCCCUCGUCCCGUUCCUCUAGCCCCUCCCAUUUCUCGGCAUUGUUUUUAUUCGGAUUAAUUUGCGUUUUUUAGGAACACACGUCUGUCCUAACUCCUAAGUCGCAAGGGAUUAAUCUGGUGGCGGCUUAUGUUAGAAGGGAUGGUGGUUGCCGUGGCCAACGGAGUGAAGGUGGAAGCCGCCGCCACCGCCACCACGGCGGAUUCUCCUAAAUCCGUUCUGGACGACGAGAAAAUUUCUGAAGCUAAGAAUGGGGACGCUUCCCUUGCCACUGAGCCAAUUAAGCAUGCGGAGAGGGCUGAUGAUUUUGUGGAUGCAAGCUCACCCCUGCCUGUUGAGUUCGACGGCAGCAGCGGUCGUGCACUUCCUUUCAUUAAGGCAGUGAAGGAGGAAGAACAACUAUUGGAGCCCGUCAAGGAGGAGAAAGCUGAUGAUUUCGUGGAUGCAAGUUCAUCUCUACCUAUUGACCUUGAGGCCAAGAAUGGUGAUGCGUCCUUGAUCACAGAGGCGAUGAAAAAGGAAGAAGAACAGCUUGAGGAGGCCCGGAUUAAGGCAGAGGAAGAAGAGGAAGCCAGGAAGAGGGAAGAAGCUGCAAGACUCGCUUUUGAUCCUGAGGCACGGUAUAGCAAGUUAGAUGAGCUGCUGACGAAGACACAACUCUUUUCAGAGUUUCUACUUGAGAAGAUGGAUCAAAUCACUGAUGAAGGUGUUGAAACUCAACCUGAAGAGCCACCAGUAGAAGAGAAGAAGAAAGGACGUGGCCGAAAGAGGAAAGCAAAUGCUGUGUCACAGUACAAUGGUAAGAAGGCUAAGAAGGCAGUGGCAGCCAUGCUUACAAGAUCUUGCGAAGAUCGACUUGCUGAUGAUUGUACUCUCUCAGAAGAAGAAAGGUGGGAAAAAGAGCAGGCCAAUCUUGUGCCAUUAUUGACUGGCGGAAAAUUGAAGUCAUACCAGAUAAAGGGUGUGAAGUGGCUAAUAUCAUUGUGGCAGAAUGGACUGAAUGGGAUACUGGCUGAUCAAAUGGGCCUUGGGAAAACAAUUCAGACAAUUGGAUUUCUUGCUCAUCUGAAAGGGAAAGGCAUGCAUGGUCCAUACUUGAUAAUCGCACCUCUGUCCACUCUCUCGAAUUGGGUGAAUGAGAUUUCAAGGUUUACUCCUUCUCUUGCUAGUAUCAUUUAUCAUGGAGAUAAAGUGGCCCGGGCAGAGAUAAGAAGAAAAUCCAUGCCCAAAACUGUAGGCCCUGAUUUUCCGAUAGUAGUGACUUCAUAUGAGAUGGCCAUGUCAGAUGCUAAAUUUCUUGCUCACUAUAAGUGGAAGUAUGUUGUUGUGGAUGAGGGACAUCGGUUGAAAAAUUCUAAGUGUAAGUUAUUGAGGGAGAUCAAGCGCAUACCGAUGGAAAAUAAGCUACUUUUGACUGGGACACCCCUUCAGAAUAAUCUAGCAGAGCUUUGGUCACUAUUGAACUUUAUUUUGCCUGAUAUUUUCUCAUCAAAUAAGGAAUUUGAAUCAUGGUUUGAUUUUUCUGUGAAAGGAAAUGAAGAACAAGAAGAAACUGAGGAGAAAAGAAGGGUCCAUGUUGUAUCGAAGCUUCAUGCCAUUUUGCGUCCAUUCCUUCUAAGGCGGAUGAAGGAGGAUGUAGAGCAUAUGCUUCCACGAAAGAAAGAGAUAAUCAUUUAUGCUAACAUGACUGAACAUCAGAAGCGAAUUCAGGAUCACUUGGUUGAGAAAACAUUUGAUGUCUACUUGAAUGAAGAAUCAGAUAUUGUGUUGCAGAGACCUGGCAUUAAGGCAAAGCUAAAUAAUCUCUUUAUUCAGCUGAGGAAGAAUUGCACCCACCCUGAUCUUUUGGAAUCUGCAUUCGGAUCAACAAGCCUGUAUCCACCUGUGAAUAAGCUUCUAGAACAAUGUGGCAAGUUUCAGCUUCUGGACAGGCUACUGAAUUCCCUACUGUCGCAAAAGCACAAGGUUCUGAUAUUCUCACAAUGGACAAAAGUUUUGGACAUUAUUGAGUAUUACCUAGAUUCAAAAGGCCUCAAGGCUUGCAGAAUUGAUGGUAGUGUUAAGUUGGACGAGAGGAGGCGGCAGAUAGCAGAAUUUAAUGACUUGAACAGCAGCUUAAAUAUCUUCAUUCUGAGCACACGGGCUGGUGGGCUUGGUAUCAACCUUACUUCUGCUGAUACAUGUAUCCUAUACGACAGUGACUGGAACCCUCAGAUGGAUCUGCAGGCCAUGGAUCGAUGCCACCGGAUUGGUCAAACACGGCCAGUGCAUGUGUAUAGACUGGCAACAUCACAUUCUGUUGAGGGACGGAUCAUCAAAAAAGCUUUUGGAAAGUUGAAGCUAGAGCAUGUGGUGAUAGGGAAGGGGCAGUUUGAACAAGAAAGAGUGAAGCCUAACGCCUUAGAUGAGGCGGAGAUGCUGGCGCUGCUCAGGGACGAGCAGGACGAGGCAGAUAGGAUGAUCCAGACGGACAUUAGUGAAGAAGACCUCUUGAAGCUGAUGGACCGGAGCGACCUGUCCGGACCACCUCGUGCUACUGAUGCCGCGCCACUUAUGCCUCUGAAAGGCCCUGGUUGGGAGGUCGUGGUACCCACGAAGAGCGGGGGCGGAAUGCUCUCGUCGCUCACCAGCUAAGAGCCGCCGCAAUGCUCUGCUGCUCCUUUUGCUUGCCGCAGCACCUUGGUUGUCUGGCUGACGAUGAGGUGCCUGCUGGCCGCUGGUCAGGCGAUAUUUUGCAUAUAUGCCCCCAAGUAACAGUUGAACUAGGACACUGGGUGUUGCGCCUACAGCAGUAGAUUAGGCGAGGCUGUGUUAUAGUACUUGUAAGCUGCGUUCUGACUUAAACUGUGCUGUUCUAAUGCAGCAUUUCACUUGCGGUUUCGUUCAGCAACAGCAGCUGUUGAAAACUGUACUGUCACUCCAAUGCAGAGACGGAUGCCUAUUUAUAACUUAUGAGCAUUGUUGUUUUCGA